AUGAUUGCGUUUAGCGUAGCACCUGUCCUUUUACAGCCAGUCCCCAAGACUAGUUACUCUUUUGAUGUAUUACUGCCACUAUCAGGAUGCUACUAA